AUGCCACCCAAUCCUCCAGAAGAGUUUUCACCUGUAACCGUUACUAGCGCGUAUGCACCUGGAUUAGAAGCUACAACACCUCAAGUUUAUACUACACCCAAAGUUGCCUCAAUAAGACGAGCGACUAACUCAUAUAACUCUCUUUCCUUUCAAACAUCUAAUAUUAACAACAUUAGCAACACAAUGACUACAACGGCAACUACAAACGGAAUUUUGGCAAAUGGUCCUCGAAUAGAUACGGAGUUUGUAAUAAACGGAUAUAGCAGUGGUCAACAAGCAAAAAAACAACAAGGACCAACACGAAAAAGAUCAUUUUCAAAAGAAAGUUAUACGUUACCUUCAUUGACACCAAAUAUAAAUCCAACACCAUAUAUUGAUAGUUUAAAAAGUUCCCGAUUUAUUGGGAUGCAAAGUUUAGAUUUUGGAGCACAAUACAAGUCCAACAGUCUUUUGGGGAAAUUACGUCAACAGUAUGAAGAGGUAGAAAAAGAAAAGGUUAAUCCUAUUAUAAAUAAUAUGAUGAAUUCGGCGAAACCAUUUUUACCCGAGAAAUUAACAUCAUCUUCAGUCAAUAUAGAAUAUUCACUAGUAAACUUUAAAAGAUCUAUAUCUAAUUCAUUAAAUUACGAUACAUUAAAAUUUAUAGUAUAUUGUUUAUUGUGGUAUGCCUCAUCAGCUAUUACCAAUAAUACUAGUAAACAAUUAUUAAAUCAAUUUAAUUACCCAGUUACUCUCACUUGGGUACAAUUUAUUUUUGUUGGAUUUUAUUGUUACGCUUUUGGACAAGGAAUGGGUUUAACUAGAAUUCGAAGUCCAAAUAUAGGAAUUAUACGUAAAACUUUACCUUUAUGCUUAUUUCAAAUAGGGAGCCAUGUUUUUUCAAGUAUUGCCACUGCUAUAGUUCCCGUCAGUUUUGUCCACACUAUCAAGGCAUUAUCUCCAUUGUUUACGGUGUUCUUUUACAAAUUUGGAUUUGGAGUAAAUUAUUCAUAUCCGGUAUAUGUGUCAUUAAUACCACUUACAAUUGGAGUUAUGCUCGCGUGCUCUUCUUCAUCAGCAUCAAGUUUUAUUGGAUUCUUGUUUGCGUUAACUUCUACUGUAAUUUUUGUUGCACAAAAUAUCUUCUCAAAAAAAAUUCUUUUUAAUGAAAAACAUCCCGGAUUUGAAACACAUAAAUUAGAUAAAUUGAACAUUUCGUUUUACUCAAGUUUAUCGGCAUUUAGUCUAAUGACACCAAUGUGGUUAUAUUAUGAUGGUUUUCAUUUACUAUUAGAGUACUUCAAUUCAUCUACUGCAACAAAUACUACAAGUGGAUGGACAAUAAUAUAUUAUUUUUGGUUAAAUGGUACAACCCAUUUUGCACAAGCAAUCUUAGCAUUAUCAAUUUUAUCCAUGACUUCCCCGGUAACUUAUUCAAUCGCCUCAUUAGUAAAAAGAAUCUUCGUUAUAACCGCAAGUAUAAUAUGGUUUGGACAAAAGACUACUUUUAUACAAGGUAUUGGUAUAACAUUAACUUUUGUAGGUCUUUAUAUGUAUAAUCAAGCUAAAUUAGAUGUUGAUAAAAAAGAAAGGAAAGCAAGGGAGAGAGAGGAAAUUGUUUUACCUUUAACAAGAACUGAAAGUGAAUUAGAUUUAACCAAGAAAAAGCAUAUAAUGUAA